UAAAGCGUGAAAAUGCGCACCGGCUGCCUCGGCCUGAUUUUGCACCUGCUCGUACACCUGGCGGUGGUGCCGGCAGCCGAUAUCCUAUCCAUCUUCCCGUACCGCCUGCUCUCACCCUUCCAGGUGGUGCGACCCUUGGUAAGGACUCUAGUGGAGCGGGGUCACAGUAUCACGAUGAUAACACCCGUGGGUUUGCCUCCAGACAUCGAGGGAGUCCGUCAUCUACGAGUGCCAAUGCUGAACAAGCUUAUGCAAGAUAUAAUGGAGUCUGACCAAUUCCUGGACUUCUUUCGAAGCAAAUGGAAUGAGGGCGUUAUGUCCGCAACAAUGCUGGCCAACGCCUCCCACGCCAUUCUUAGUGAUGGUGGAGUCCAAAAAAUGCUACGCGACAGGAACGAACGGUUCGAUAUGAUCCUAAUGGAGGCCAGUCAUCUGGACGCUCUCUACGGCCUGGCCGAGUACUACAAUGCCACUUUGAUGGGGCUGUCCUGUGUGACCACCAGCUGGAACAUCGAUUUAUUGGCUGGAAAUCCCGCUCCGAGUGUAUACGAGCCCGUGUCGCCCAUGGGCUAUGCCCUCGAUCAUUCCCUGAUCAACAAAUGGCACAAUUGGGUCUAUAUAACCGAGGAGAAGCUGCUGGAGCGCCUGGUCUUUCGUUCUGCCCAGCUUCGAGUCUUCAAGAAGUUCUUUGGCUACUCGGCGGAGAUGCAGGACGAUUUAAGAUCCAGGUUCUCGGUGAUUCUGAUCAAUAGUCACUUCAGCAUGGGAAGGGUUCGAUCGAAUGUGCCCAAUCUCAUCGAGGUGGGAGGGCUGCACCUUAGCGAGACACCGGAACCCUGUGACGAGCGAUUGCAGAGAUUCAUGGACGAGGCGGAGCACGGAGUCAUCUACUUCUCGUUGGGCCUGGAAAUCCUCGUAAAGUUUCUGCCGGAAAACAUGCAGAAACCACUCUUGCAGGUGUUCUCUCGGUUAAAACAGCGUGUGGUGUGGAAAAGCGAGUACUCCAUUAAUCCCAACAAGUCGGACAACAUAUAUGUGAUAGCCAGAGCACCGCAGCGCCAGGUGCUGGCCCAUCCCAACCUCCGGCUGUUCAUAAGCCACGGCGGACUGCUGAGCGUGAUGGAGGGCAUAAACAGCGGAGUGCCAAUGCUGGGACUGCCCUUGUUUUUCGACCAGUUUAAUAAUUUGCACCGAGUGAAGCAAGCCGGCAUGGCCGAAGUCUUGGACGCCAAUAAUCUCAACGAAGACACUCUGAACAGCACAAUUCUGAAGCUGCUGGAGAACCCAGAAUAUGCAGCGAGCGCCAAGAAAAUGUCCAAGUGCUUCAGGGACAGACCCAUGAGUCCUCUGGAGACGGCAGUCUGGUGGACGGAGUACGCACUGCGUAACCGUGAUGCCACCCACAUGCGCCUCAACGUGGAGGAGAUUCCCCUGAUCCAGUACUACAGACUGGAAACUGCGCUGUCCGUGGUAUUUCGUCUUGGAUUAGUCGCCGGAUCAAUAAUCCUUCUCGGCUAUAGGUUGUACCAAAAAUAUCUCGACAGGCAGAGACGCCUUGUGGAAAGAGAGAGGGUAUUUUUCCAGAUAAGAAUGCCGCUGGAUUGGUAUGAAACAGCAACAAUUAGAUUGUGCCAUUUCAAAACGGAGCGCCGACAUGAGCGGUCGAAAAGCGUGAAAAUGCGCCUCGGCUGUGCUUGGCUAGUGUUUUUAUGGCUGCAUCAGAAGCUGGAACUCAUACAGACAGCCAGGAUUCUUGGAGUAUUUCCCUUUCGUCACAGCUCUCCAUUUCAGGUAGUAAGGCCUUUGGUGAGUGCGUUAGUCGAACGUGGUCACAAUGUCACCUUGAUAACACCCGAGGGAUUGCCGGCCGAUAUUGAAGGAGUUCGACACAUACGCGUGGCCAAGCUUAACCAGCGCAUGCAGGAUCUAAUGGACUCUGACCUAUUGCUGGGCUACUUACAAAACAAAUGGACUGAAGGCAUCCUAGCAUCCGAAAUGCACUACAAUAUGUCGGAGGCUAUCCUCUACGAUGAUGGCGUCCAACGGAUGCUACAGGACAGGAGCGAAACAUUCGACAUGGUCAUGCUGGAGAUGAGUAACCUGGACGCCCUCUACGGCCUUGGGGAGCUCUACAAUGCCACCCUGAUGGGUGUCUCUUCUGUUCGCCUUAACUGGAAUACAGAGGAUCUGGCAGGCAACCCGGCCCCCAGCAUCAACGAACCCAUUUCUCCACUGGGCUACUCCAUGGAUACCUCGUUUGUCAGCAUGAUAUACAAUUGGAUCUACAUCAACGAAGAGAGGAUGCUGGUUCACCUCCUUGUCCGACCACCUCAGCUGCGUCUCUUUAAGAAGUUCUUUGGCUACUCGGCCGAGACAUUUCAGGAAUUGCGUAGCAGAUUCUCGAUUAUCUUGAGCAAUAGCCACUUCAGCUUGGGAAGGCCUCGAGCCAAUGUGCCGAACAUUAUCGAGAUUGGAGGUGUGCAUCUUAGCGAAACACCGGAGCAGUGUGAUGCAGAUCUGCAGAGUUUCAUGGACGAAGCGGAGCAUGGUGUCAUCUAUUUUUCAAUGGGCCUAGAUAUCCUAGUCCGCUUUCUCCCGCAGAAUAUGCAGCAGCCACUAGUUCAGUCUUUCUCCAAACUAAAGCAGCGGAUUGUGUGGAAGAACGAGCUCUCCACGACGCCCAACAAAACGGACAAAAUAUAUAUGAUAGCGAAGGCCCCUCAGCGCCAUGUGCUGGCCCAUCCCAAUGUCCGGCUUUUUAUCAGUCAAGGCGGUAUGCUGAGCGUGAUGGAGGCAGUGUUCAGUGGAGUUCCUAUGCUAGGGCUGCCUCUGUUCUUCGAUCACUCAAGCAAUAUAAACCAGGUGCGACAGGCUGGAAUGGCCAAGAUCCUGGACCCGAAUAAAUUAAACGUAGAUUCGCUAACCAGCUCUAUUCUGGAGCUUCUCGAAAACCCAAAAUAUGCAAAAAAGGCCAAGGAAAUGUCUGCAUCCUUCAGGGACAGACCCAUGGGUCCUUUGGAGACUGCAGUCUGGUGGACGGAGUACGCCCUGCGGCACCCGGAUGCCAGCCAUAUUCGCCUCAACUCCGGGGACAUUUCAUUGAUGCGGUAUUACCAAUUGGACAGUCUAUUGACCUAUGGUCUCAGGUUCGGAUUGGUCGUUGGAUCCAUAAUCUUCUUAGUCUACAUGUGGUUUCAAAGUCAUCAUGAUAAUCAGAGACAUGUUCCAAUAAACUUACCAAUAAUGUGAUUAACUGUUA